AGGUAUAAAUUCUCCUAUUGACUAUCAAAUAAAUAUGUUAGAGUGAGAGUAAGAACCUACAAUAUCAAAGGAAGAACAAAAUAUCUUAGUAGUUGUUAGCAAGAGCUCUUACUAAAUUAGCACAUAAACAAUCAUUCUUGUUUGUAUAUAAGGUGUUUAUGUGACUUGGUAGAGCAGAGCAAAGCAAAAUGGCAAUGGCUUCGCCGAGUGUAACCCUUCAUUCUUCAUCUACAAUCAUCCCUAGCCACCCUACUCCCCAUCGCACACUUACAUUAUCAGAGAGCGACCAAGCAAUGUUGGAGGGUUAUAUUUUCAUCAUUUAUGUGUACAAAAAAGCCUUUGAUAUUGAUGCUUCUUCACUCACCAUUGAUUCCAUGAGAAACUCGUUGAGCCAGAUAUUGGUUCCAUAUUAUCCUCUAGCUGGCCGUCUCCGAUGGAUUGAUGGCGGUCGUCUCGAGAUAGAUUGUUGUGGUGCCGGAGUUCAACUCUCCGAGGCUGAAGCUUCCGCUGAUGCAAAGUUUGAUGAUUACGGUGACUUUGAACCCUCCGAUGCGACGAGACAACUCGUUCCAAAACCUGAUUAUCGCGCUCCCAUCGAGGACCAACCGUUGGUUCUUGUGCAAGUGACGAGAUUCAGCUGCGGUGGGGUUGUGAUCGGCAUUGCUGUUUCUCACUUUGUGGUCGAUGGGAUUUCGGUCAUUACGUUUAUCAACUCGUGGGCGAGCAUCGCACGAGGAGAGAAGACGGUAGAGAGUAUUAUCCCUAAGUGGCCAAAUCACGAGAGAGACUUUCUACGACCAGUACUCGACCCACUGCACUUCCAUCAUCAAGAGUACGAAUCACCUCCACUUCUGAUCGGUCAUUCAUGCGUCGAGGAGGAGCGGAACAAACAAACCACCGUCGCAUUGCUAAAACUCACAAAACACCAACAUGAGAAACUGAAAAAGAUAGCAAAUGAAGGAAGUUCAAUGUUACGACCAUACACAAGAUUUGAGGCCGUGGGAGGGCAUAUAUGGGCGUGUGCUUGCAAGGCUCGCAACAGUACAACAACAUGUGAAAGCGACCAACCGACAGCGGCCCUUAUCACGGCCAGUAUAAGGCAGCGGAUAAGGCCACCUCCCCCUGAAGGAUUCUGUGGAAAUGCAACUUUGUUGACUGUGACACCAAUAUGCAAGUUUGGGGAUCUUAUAAAGAAUCCGCUCAGUUAUGCUGCAGGGAAAAUAAGAGAAGGAACAUGGAAACUUACAGACGAAUACAUCAAGUCGGCGAUUAGCUUUCUGGCGAGUAGAGAAAUUGAGUGGAUAAAAGAGUGGUAUCGAACUAAAGCAACUCCUUUCUGGGGCAACCCAAACCUGGACUUGGGGUGCUGGACCUUGAUGCCACUUUACGAUGCCGAUUUUGGAUGGGGAAGACCAUCGUACGUCGGUCCGAUUCCGUUGGUAGUCGAUGAUGGGUGGUCGAUAAUCAUGACGGGUCCAGAUGAUGGAUCUCUCGCCGUGGUCAUAUGCCUGCAGACCAAGCAUAUGGAUGAGUUUAAGAAGUUAUUCUAUCAAUAUUUGUGAGCCAAAUUGAUUUUAUUUUGAUGAGCGAGCAUGGUUUUUAAGUAAAUUACAAGUUUUUAAAUCAAAUCAAUAGCUAUCAACAUAAAUUGUCUUUCAUUAUUGAUACGAAUAUUGAAACGAAACUGUCAUAACUUUGAGCAUGAGAUUCGCUAGAGAACUUGAAAGAACUUUUAUUGACAAACUCUUUCGAAAAAUCUCAAUGUGCUAAAAUUGAUCUUAUAAUAUACUUCCACCGCAUAAAAGAAAUGUCUCUAUAGACCUUAAAUUUUUUCGAUAUUUUAAUUUCUCAUUUCUGUUUUUUUCUUUUUAUUGAUUUUUAGUUGCAGUAAAUUUUCUUGGAAUAAAUAUACAAAAAUAUGUAAUUAAUAGGCAACCUCUUUCCCUCCUUUCUAUGUUUUCACUCUCCAUCAYAGUGUCUUCAUAUUUAGAGAGUUAAAAGAUAGAUCACAUUCCAUACAAUGAAAAUAUUGUCGACAAAGACUUGCUCUAGACACGAUAAUUUUCAUCAUCCAGGCUCAAGCCCAAUUCAAACAAACCAGGCCACCUCCAUGGUGUGGUUGUGGAAGGUUGGGGAUGUUGCUACUCGAUAAUCAAUUUUGAAACAACUUAUUUUCGAUCUCUUUCAGAUAUGUGCUAGUGUCGGUGCUAGAUGAUCAAAUUAAUACGCUACCCCAUAUCAUGUUUCCACUAGCCUUGAUCAAAUUGGCAACAUGUGCCUCUGCCCCGUACAGGUUUCAGUCUAUACGYAUGAUCAAAUCCUUACCUAUAACCACUUAGAAACUUUAUGCCUCUACCCUAUUAAUUAAUAGUUAA